AUGGUAGACUUCAGACCAAGCAGCUCUCGCUCAUCAGCAAUUCAGGCGAAUGUCAGGACAGAGUUCGACAUAUUGAAGGCGUCUCACAAGUUCCUCCGUGAGGAAGUGGACGAGACCUCACUAUCUUGGGAAGAAAAGGUAGCGAAGAAGUACUACGAUAAUUUGUACCGUGAAUUCGCGGUGUGCGAUCUGAAGCACUACAAAUCUGGGAAUUUCGCUCUACGUUGGCGGACGGAAACAGAGGUUCUCUCUGGAGCUGGAGAAACGACCUGCGGGAAUAUAAGAUGCCCGUAUCAUGACGCAGCUGGUAGUGACGUGCGGUUGAAGACGUUGGAAGUGCCUUUCGGAUAUGAAGAACAUGGAGCAUACAAGUCAUGCCUUGUCAAAUUGGUCCUGUGCGCACGUUGCACGAAGAAACUCAUGUGGAAGAAAGAGAAAGAGAAGGAGAAAAGAUUGGCAGGCGAUGCGGAGCACUUGCACUUGGAUGACGUUCCGGGGGUCGCGGGGACUGAGAUAUCACGGCGUGUACCACCGUCGGGGGGCGAGACUGCAUCUCCUAUCGCGGGAGAGCAAAGACUGUCUGGAAGAGAUUCAGUCGAAGAGCGACGAGUCCGGAGCAGGCGCUCGAGAUCGCGCUCACCAAAGACUCGACGCCCGCCAGGCAAGUCUGAACGUCGAAGGUCGCGAUCUAGGUAGGACAAUGCUAACGGCAUGCAGAAGUACUAUUUCCUAUGGUCAAGACUCCGUCGCAGCCUUCCAUUUCUUAACCCAAUCUAUUAGUUCCCGAGCCAUAUUGUCACAGUCUUCCAUUCGGUCUCUUGUACUCUUGCUGCCCAAGGCCCGCCUUCUUGCCUUGGCAUCUUUACCUUUCAACCAGGCUUCCUCUAGUGUGGUGGCCCAAUCUCCCUCUUCAUAGGAUGCGCCAGACAAUUCUACGCCGAUGCCACUUUCUGCGAGGAACAAGCGCAAUCCAUGUUCUUCUAUGAAUAAUGGCCGAGAAACUAGCAAGAUCGGCAAUGUUGAACGUCUGAUCGGCUGAGAGGUCGAAGGACGUACCGUAGACAAAGGGAGUGCAAGACUCCACAGCCUCAGAGACAGCCCCGUAACCCUGAUGAACGCGUGGGGAAUCAGCAUUCCAUCUUCGCAGGUGUCUGAAGCACCUACCAGCUUCCCGAGCAGGACGUCCGCAACCGCCAUCAAAUCCGGCAUAUAGACGUCUCUAGGAGCGACGUAGAAGCCAGGCGGAAGCUCUUCCCCAUCCUCCUUCGCCCAUUGCGACGAGACGCCACACACUAUCGCUACCCAUGAUUCGUCGGGCAGUAGCUUCGGCAGCUGGUCAGGAUCUACGAGGUGCUCCUCAUGGAACCCGUUCCCAGUGCUGUCGCCAUUGCCAUUCAUGUAUGGGUCCUUACUUUGUUCCCUGCUCAGCGCCGGGGGAGUGGGUGGGAUCGUAACUGCUUGGAAUAUGGGCGGGGACUUCAUAGCCGGCGGGGAAUUGAGUGGCUUAUUCACUGGCGGGGCGCCCGGAAUGUGGAUAUGCGACGGUGUUGCAAGCGGGGGCGUGUCUUCAUCCUUUCUGUUGUUCCGCUUCCUCGCCUUGGCUCCUUCCCUGCCCUCCUUGAGCUGUAGAUUCUGCAGUUGCAGGUUUACCGCAUGGAGAGGGACCGGCGGUGGAUGCGCCUUGGGGAGCUGCGUGAUAUUGAACUCGGACGUGCGCCGGCUGUGUGCGGGUGUGCUGGCUUGGCUGGGUGUGCGACUGCGCGGCUUCUUGAAGUGCUGGCCGCCGAAAGAGACGAUUACGAUCUUUGUCUGUUCUGGAUCGUGGAGAUGUGAGGGAAUCCCGAUUGACGUGAGGAGCUCGCGUCGGCCGGCUUCGUUGUAUAUCGCACGUCCUGCCGCUCGUACGAGAAGGGGAGCUUGGCGGAUGGAUCGAUGGAGGGGCUUUGGAC